UGUGUGAGCAGGGACAGUUGGCUCCCCGAGAGCCUAUUCAGUGCAAGCCUAAACUUACGGAGGGACUUUCUGUUAGCAGCGUUAGGGGUUGCGGUUAUAUGGGACUCUGCAGGCGGUGGGAUGUCUUGGUCUGGCCUUCUCCGUGGCCUUAGCACGUCCCUAAAUUAUGGCCUAGCUCUGGUCCCCCGGCCUUGGACCACGCGUCCCAUGGCCACCCUGAACCAGCUACACCGUCGGGGCCCCCCGAAGUUUCCGCCUCCGAAACCAGGCCCGACGGAGGGCCGGCCACAGCUGAAGGGCGUGGUCCUGCGAACCUUUAUCCGCAAGCCCAAGAAGCCCAACUCAGCCAACCGCAAGUGUUGCCGCGUGAGGCUCAGCACCGGCCGGGAGGCCGUCUGCUUCAUCCCUGGAGAGGGCCACAGCCUGCAGGAGCACCACGUGGUCCUUGUACAGGGCGGCCGCACGCAGGACCUGCCGGGUGUCAAGCUCAAGGUCGUGCGCGGGAAGUACGACUGUGGCCACGUGCAGAAGAAGAAGUAACUGUGGGGGACCCCGUGGGAGGGUGAUCACGCAGAACUUUCUUUCCUUCGGUGCACCUGCAGUGCCCUCAGGAAGCAAGUCCAGCUCUAGAAGUAACUGGUCUAAGUUCAAAGCCCACCCUAGUGGACCCUUGACCCUUGGGGUCCUGGGCAUCCCUCUCCCAGCACCCUUGGCUUCCAUGCUGGCACCAGCAACUGCUUCUGCUGGGACAAGACUCUGUACUGCCAUCUACUGGGGAGGUGUUGCAAUAAAGACCCCAGCCCUCAAGGUUGUGACAUGAACCCUC